ACCAGUGGUGAGCUUCUUCCUCCCUUCGACAACUCAAGAAAGCAAGCUUAGACUUAGCUAGCGAGCGAGCGACAAGCUCAAAACUUCGCAAACCUCACCGUAAUUCCCAUUGUUCUAAUUUGCUUCAUAUAAGCACCUGAUCGGUCACAGCAAGUAUAAUCGAUGGCCACAAUCUCUUCUUGCCCGAACCUCCCCGCCGUCAACCACCGCCGGCCGACGAUCCUCUUCCAGCAGCCUCCGACCGGGCGCCGGUGGCUCAUUAGCGCAGCACAGAACAGCGCUUCUUCGGCCGGAUCAAGGCGCGAGCUGCAGCAGCGCCGUGGUCGUUCGAGUCAUGUCGCCAGCUCGGCGGUGUCAACCGACCCGCCGACGUCCGUGGUCGGCGACAUGGAGCGCGGCUCUCUGGCGGAGAAGUCGGGGCGUUCCGACGGGCAGCUGACCGCGCGGUGGCGGGAGAUCCACGGCAGCAACAACUGGGAGGGGCUUCUGGACCCCAUCGACACGGUGCUCCGCGGUGAGCUCAUCCGGUACGGCGAGUUCGCACAGGCGUGCUACGACGCCUUCGACUACGACCGCUUCUCCCGCUACUGCGGCAGCUGCAGGUACCCGGCGCAGACCUUCUUCCAGGGCGUCGGCCUCGAUGGCGUGGGCUACGAGGUGUCCCGCUACCUGUACGCCACCUCCAGCGUGAAGGUGCCCAACUUCAACAACCAGAAGCACAAGUCUGCCGACUCCAAGCUGUGGAGUGAGACGGCCACCUUCAUCGGCUUCGUGGCAGUGUCCACCGACGAGGAGACGGCGCGCAUCGGCCGGCGGGACAUCGCCGUGGCCUGGCGCGGCACGGUGACCCGGCUGGAGUGGGUGGCCGACCUGACGGCGACCCCGAAGCCGGUGAGCGAGUUUGGGAUCCCGUGCCCUGACCCCAGCGUGAAGGUGGAGUCAGGGUUCGCGGAGCUGUACACGGGCAAGGACGUGGAGUGCCGCUGGUGCCGGUACUCGGCGCGGCAGCAGGUGCUGGCCGAGGUGCGGAAGCUGGUGGAGCUGUACCACGGCAGGGGCGAGGAGGUGAGCGUGACGGUCACGGGGCACAGCCUGGGCAGCGCACUGGCGAUGCUGAGCGCCUUCGACAUCGCGGAGACCGGCGCGAACGCGUCGUCCGACGGCAAGAGAGCGCCCGUCUGCGUCUUCUCCUACUCGGGCCCGCGCGUGGGGAACACCAAGUUCAAGGACCGGUUCGAGCAGGAGCUGGGCGUGCGCGCGCUGCGCAUCCUGAACGUCCACGACACUGUGCCCAAGGUGCCCGGCGUGUUCUACGUCUUCGACGAGAAGACAUUCCCGGAGUGGGCGCUGCGGUCGAUCGACUCGCUGGGGUUGGGGGCCGUGUACGUGCACCUGGGCGUGGAGCUGGCGCUGGACCACAAGGUGUCUACGUUCCUCAAGGACACGCUCGACCCGGCAUGCUACCACAACCUCGAGGCGCACCUGCACCUGCUCGACGGCUACCAGGGCCGCGACCAGGGGUUCCAGCUCUGCGGCAGGGACCCGGCGCUGGUGAACAAGGCGGCGGACUUCCUCCUGGACGAGCACAUGGUGCCGCCCGUGUGGCGACAGGACGAGAACAAGGGCAUGGUCAGGACGGAGGACGGGCGGUGGGUGCUGCCGCCGCGCCAGAGGGAGGUCGACGACCACCCGGAGGACACCGACCAUCACCUCGAUCAGCUCGGACUCACCGCCAACUGAUGCAUGCGUCCGUGUUCGUGGUGUAGUGCACUAUAUACUACACGUAGAGAGCUACAAUAUAAUUGACAAGCAUGCCUUGUUGGUAUCAAGGCCGAUCUAUGCCAACUGAUGCAGGCUCUAGUUGUACUGUACUUGCACGGUAAGUUAAUACUCAGUGUACAACAACAGCAUGGAUUUCAAUCAAUAAGCUACUGUGGUAGUACAUGAAUCA